GUUUUAAUUAGUGCCGAAAGGUUUUGGCGUUGUCAAAUAAUCCCCAGUUUCUGGGUCUUUAUUCUGUCGCAGAUUCAGAAAGAUGACUGCAGAUUUGACCGAUGAGAGUCUCUUUCCUAUUGCUAUUCUUAUUGAUGAGUUAAGAAAUGAGGAAAUGCAAACUCGUCUGGCUAGCAUCAGAAAACUUACUACUAUUGCUCUUGCACUUGGUCCAGAGAGGACAAGAACAGAAUUGGUUCCAUUCCUAACCGAUACCAUAUAUGAUGAGGAUGAGGUACUUAGGGAAAUGGCCAAACAAUUGGCAGACUUUGUUCCAUUGGUUGGAGGACCUGAAUAUGUCCAUUGUCUUCUACCACCAUUGGAAGGACUUGCAUCUGCUGAAGAAACGGUUGUGCGGGAUAAAGCUGUGGAGACGUUGAGAACACUUGCACCUAGUUUCUCACCCAAGGAUUUGGAAACUCAUUUUCUGCCACUGAUCAAGCGUUUGGCAACAGGUGACUGGUUUACUAGCCGUACUUCUGCUUGUGGACUGUUUAGCGUGAUUUAUCGACAGUCUUCUACUGCUGUCCGUGCAGAACUGCGUCGCGCCUUUAAGCAGCUUUGCACUGACGAUACUCCUAUGGUCAGGCGUGCAGCUGCUAACCGUCUCGGGGAACUAGCUCGUUGUUUGGAACUAGAUGCGUUACGUUCGGACCUGUUACCGCUAUUACCUCCUCUUUCCCAAGAUGAUCAGGACUCUGUACGAUUACUGGGUGUGAAUGCGUCAGUAGAUUUCGCUGAAGUUCUUCCUACUGAAGAUGUCUUGACACACAUCAUUCCUCUUAUAAGAGGAGCUGCAGAAGAUAAAUCUUGGAGAGUCCGUUAUCAAUUAGCUGAUCACAUUACUGAUCUACAGGCUGCAGUAAAACCCCAACUUGCUGGACAGCACUUGGUAGACGUUUACCAGAUCCUUCUCAAAGAUCCAGAAGGAGAAGUUCGCGCAGCGGCUGCAGGCAAACUGAAGAAGUUUGCUUCGUCUCUAGCCCCUGAUAUUCGUGAAUCCGUAAUUAUGAAAACAUUGUUACCUAUCAUUCGGGAAAUGGUCGGUGAAACUAAUUUACAGGUAAAAACGGCUCUGGCCGGUGUCAUGAUGGCUUUAGCUCCUUUGCUUGGCAAGGAGAAUACAUUAGAACAUCUUCUUCCAUUACUGUUGAUCCAAUUAAAGGACGAAAAUCCAGAUGUCCGUUUGAAUAUUAUAUCUAAUUUAGAGUGUGUAAAUCAAAUUAUGGGAAUUACCCAACUUAGUCAAAGUCUACUUCCUGCUAUUGUUGAAUUGGCCAGUGAUACAAAGUGGCGUGUUCGUCUAGCAAUAAUUGAGUAUAUGCCACUAUUAGCCAGUCAACUUGGUUUGCAAUGUUUUAACGAGCGACUCACAAAUUUAUGCUUGGGUUGGCUAGUAGACGAUGUAUACGCUGUACGUGAAGCAGCUGUAACAAAUUUACGAAAACUUAUGGAUCAAUUUGGAGUCGAUUGGGCCAGUUCUCAAAUCAUCCCUCGUGUAAGUUAGCUAUCCUCAGUACUCUUUAAUUUUUCUUCAGUCUUGCAGUCAAACGGUCGCGCUCUAUUUUCACAUUAGUUGAUCAUUUUUGUCAUAGCAAACUUGUUUCAACUCCAGGUGUCAAUGGGUUUUUAGUGUUUUUCUUCAUAUUUGUUUUACCCAAUGGCUUGGUCGAUCAAGGCCAUUAAAUUAACAAUAGUAUUUCAUUCACAUCACAUUUUUUGUAGGUUAUAUUGUAAAACAUAUUAUUUUAUCGUUAAACUGAUACUUUUUUGUCUAAGAAAUCCUUUAGAAAUUCUGAAUUAUGGCAAUCAAAACAAUGCAACAAUUUUUCAGUGUUUCUGUUUGUUGGACCUAACCUUCAGUUUUCCUGUUUUAUUGUAUUCGCUGUCAUUCCACAUAAUAUCAACGCAAAUACCAGUUCUUUGUUUGACUGUUGUUGGGAAUUGUAGAGUCGUUCUUUUUUAUGAUAACUUCGUAUUGUCUUCAUUUAUUAUUGGUUGUUUCCUGCGAAAAUUGUUUAAAAGCAUAUCCGAUUGCCUCCGAACCCCAAUUUUGGCUACAAAACAUUGCUGCAUACGGACCAUGUAUAAUGCUCGCCUGAUCGUCUGUUUAAGGACUAUGGAGAAGUUUCACUGACUUAUCGUUGAUUUGCGUUGCUUUCUUCACUUUUAAUGACUACCGAUGAAGUGAGAUAUAAGUUUAGUCAAAUUUUUUCUAAUUUCAUAUCUGAGUAUAAACAUAAAUCCCAUUGAGACAAUUAGUGAAUAGAAGAACAGGGAGGGGAAAUUUUUCUCAAUUAUUUUUCAUCAUGGCUCAGUCAGUCAGCUACAACGUAGGACCAGGCACAUAUAUGCAUCAGUACAAGUUUCUAUACCUCAUUAGCACAAGAUGAACAGAAAGAUCAUAGAAGCACUUACUUCAACGAUAGUAAAAAACAUUAGGGUGUAUAUAAUUUAUAACGACAUAUUACUGGUUGAGUAACAGUAUUACAUAAUAAUAUUGUAAGUUCUACAAGUUACUAAAAAUCAUUCCAUUUAUCAACUAAGUGAUGGAAUAUGGUGAUUGUAAUAAUCAAAGUAAUUACUUGUAAAAUCGGGAACCGUUAAGCGACUGUCAGAAUACUUAAUUACUCACGUACUCACUCAAUUCUCAGGUACACCAUAUUGUCGAAGGUUGCAUACGGUUCUCCUAUCCACACUGUCGAACGCCUUCUCAUAGUCAAGGAAGUUGAUUUGUAGUGACAAAUUCCAUUCAAGCGAUUACCCAACAAUGAUCUGUAGUGUCGCGAUUUGGUCUAUGAACGACCAAUCCUUAUGAAAUCCAGCCCGUUGCUUUCGAAGUUGCGUGUCUACUAAAUUUUUCAUUCGGUUCAACAACACUACGUUGGAAACUUUUCGUGGUACUGAUAGUAGUUUGACGCUUUUGUAGUUCUCACACUUGCUCAGAUCUCCUUUCCUUGAUAUCUUUCCUCCCAGUUUGUCUGCACUUGUUCUUCCUCCCAAAUCUUCAUGAAUAGAACGUGGAGCAUGUUUGCAGUUACUUCUUUGUCUUACUUCAGUGCUUCAGCUGGUAUAUUAUCAGGUCCUGCUGUUUUUCCACUCGUGAUUUGUUUGAUGCCCAUGCUGAUUUCCUCGAUCGUUGGAGUGACAUAUAUAGGAAGGUCUGUAUGUGCUGCUUCGAUGUUUGGUGGGUUCAGUGCUCUACCCACUAGUGCCGUUGUUCUUAAACCGCAAUGAUUGACUUAACUUCUUUGUCCUUGGCUGGCUUACAAUAUUUCCCUGAUGGUUUCUUCGUUGUCAUAUAGUUAUCUCAUAUUUCCUUCUCUUGAAGCUUUUCCCACUAUCAUUGCUUGAUCUUAUGUAUUAAGAAAAUUUAUAAAAGCUUUUUAUAAUUCGUUAAUUUUGCGGAAAUUGCGGAAGAAUUAAGAGAGGAAUACUAAAGUCAGGUAAAAACCAAAACUUUAAAGAAAUUAGAAAAUGUUUUUGUAAUGUAUGUGGUGGAUCAACGUUCAUUUAUAACCCACUCCCAUUUUAAUGACCUGGUUAAGUAAAGAACGGUUAAAAAUGACUACGACUUACGUUCUCGUUCACUUAGUGAACGUAAGACCUCAUCUUAAUUUGAACUAAACUUCCACCAAAUUCACCACAUAGUGGGGUUAAUCACAUACCACUGAACAUGUUGGUAUCCGCAUUUAUACAUCUUUGCAGAAGUUUUUUCAACCCUUCCCUAUUUUGACCUUAAUUAUAAUAUUAUUUAACUUUUUUACUACACCAACAUUUUGUCGUCGUAAAUCAUAUACGUUUAUGUCUACCUAUGAUGAAAAACUAGUUAAAAAGAAAUAUUUAUUCUCUCUAUUCUGUUUGAUAAAUAUAAUCUUCAUGGAAGACAUUCUCUGUGAAAUAAUGAACAAAUCAACGCAAAAUAUGUGGUGAUACUUGCAUAACUCAAAUUCAGGAUGCUAUUGAUGGGAAUCCUACUCAACUAACUGUUGAUCAAAAAUAUUAACCUUAUUUAUAUGCUUGUCACAAAUACCCUAUGCUGCUACUCCGUAAUACCAAAGUAUAUUGGUAGAUUAAGAAGCUGCCGUAGAUAGAUCGAUUCUAUAACUUUAGUUAUUGCAAGCGAGUGAAACCCAGUUGUCAUCGGUGAUCUCACGUUUGGGUUUUGCGAAGUGCGUAAUGUCCGUGAUCCACUAUUCCCAGGUGAUCGUAGAUCUUAAAUAAAAUGUGACUAUUCGCUUUCUUGAGGAUGAGAGCCAUUUUGUCGUUUAAUAAGUAUAUAAAACCAUAACAUUCUUUAGAACAAUCCUUAGAAUGUUGAUAAUAAAUCAUGAUGCACUUCUAUGCAAUUAACAAUAGAGUUUCGUCAUCAGAUCUUAGACUUAAUACUAUUCGGUCAUCCUGGGUAGUAUAAUGCGGCGUCAAGAAAUUCAGUUUUCCGUUGCGACGAAAAACACAAAAAAGCUAACAUUCUCCCUUGAUUCACAAUUUUUUCAGAAGUUCUAUCUGUCUUCAUUGCUUGACUUAAUUGAAAUUUAGUUUGUACGUCACCUUGAGUAAUUGUCAAGGGAUUCGUAACAUUGUAGAGUCUUCGUCACUCAAUUGUAAGGACAAGUUAAUUUACGUACCCACUAAAUACAAUGGUUGUGGCUAGUAAUCAGGACCCGUUGUAUUACGGUAAUAUUCUUUCAUCAUAGUGAAAAUUUGAAGGACGACGGGAUUCCGAAUUUAUUUCUUUUAGUAUCGCUUUGUAUUUUAUAAUCACGUUCAUUCCACUUCACGACAUGCUACAUUCCUAAUGUUAUCCCACCUCCAUACACAAACUGUUAAAGCAGUAUUUAAGACCCAUAAUGUGGUUACAUGUUGGUAUAUUCUUCUCCACACAUUGGUCCAGGUACUAUCCGUCGAUUGAGUUUUUCAACUAAUAGCCACUUGUUAGCUAACAUGUUAAAGAAAACCCUUGCGUUGAUAUACUUUUCUUUGUAGCAAAUUAAAUCUUUUCUGUAAUGAAUUGUUAUCAUAAUAAUUAUAACCUAAAUAUGUGAAAUGAUUAUUGUUGGUAGAUGGAUUCUCUACAUACGAGAAUGUAUAGUGCAUGAUAUUAAUCGUCUGACCACACUAUAACUGCUUUAUCCAUGUUUUACCAAGAAUUUGAUUUAUGCCCUCGAAGGGGGAAUAUAAACUCUUGCUUGUAAAGCCUUAUUCGAGCAGUUUUUAAGUUAUUAGUGAUUAGCUUCUUUUGUAAUGUUUCAUUCACUAAUUCUUUCACAUAUUCCUAAGGAAUAUUUAUCUGCUCUGUCUGCUUCAAGAGGACUAGACUGCAAAUGACGUAGAGAAUUGAGCAGAACAAAUUUAUUAUGUUAUGUCAAGGUCAAACAAGUCUCAAGCUUCUGUUAAAUCCAUGUGUUUUCAUAAUGCCGUGUUUUGCAUACAGUCUAUGGUCAUUGGGAUUUUACUACGAACUGAAAUCUCCAGUCCAAGGAAUUAUUGUUUACCUGUUUGUGAUUUGCCUACAUAUACACUGGUCUCAUACAACUUUCUUACGAUCCCAACUAUCUUCGUCGAAUGAUUUGUUUGGCAUCCCUUCAUCAACUAGGUGAAGCUCAGUCUUGUCGGUCGGAAUUACUGCAGAAACAUUUACUUCCUACUAUAGUUCAACUGGGUCAAGAUCCUGUGCCAAAUGUUCGUUUCAAAGUUGGUCAAAUUUUGGGCAAAAUUGGCCAUCUUUUGGAUGCAUCGACUAUACAGACAUUUGUUAAACCAACGUUAGAAAAACUGGGCUCUGAUACAGAUCCAGAUGUUGUUUAUUAUGCCAAAGAAUCCAGCGAAUUACUUCAUCUUUCAGGAAGAUGAAAGCCUUGUCAAGAAACCACACGCGUUUUAUUCUAUGCACAGGAUAAUUAUGAUAUUUAAAUACAUGUAAAUUGACAGCAUAUCUGGUACCUUACUUCCAGAGUAGUGAUGCCCUAUUAAUAAAGUAAAUGUGAGCUUGUGUGUUUGUGGUUCUUGUUCAAUUGUAUCUGUGUAUGUGCCUUAACGUAAACUAGUUGCAUAUGUUCGUAUUAGUUAUUAAAUUCUGUUCUCAUUAUUAUUUUGAAGAAAACGAUAAGGGAAGUGCAUGUCGUCGUUUAAUUUAUUUAUUGUCAACUGCAUGAAAGUAGCUUGCUUUCAUAAAGCAAAACUCAAAUGUUUGUGAUUCAUCUUUUCUUUUUUAUUCAAUAAAACGUCGGAAUAC